AUGGACUUUGACGACCUAGGCAACAAGAUCGCCAACCUCACCUUCUACGACGUCAAGUCGCUCUACCGCACCGCGCGCAACUAUGCCCUCAAUGUGUCCGAGAUCGAAGCAAAGGUCGACGAGGCCACCAACGACGACCCUUGGGGAGCGAGCUCGACUCUGAUGCAGGAGAUCGCCGCAGCCACCCACAACUUCCAGGACUUUAACGAGAUCAUGCCCACCAUCUACCGGCGCUUCAUGGAAAAGGAGGCCAGCGAGUGGAGGCAGAUUUACAAGGCGCUGCAACUGCUCGAGUACCUCAUCAAGCACGGCUCGGAGCGCGUAGUCGACGAUGCCCGCUCUCAUCUCGCCACCAUCAAGAUCCUUCGCAACUUCCACUACAUCGACGAAAAGGGCAAGGACCAGGGCAUCAACGUCCGCAACCGCGCAAAAGAGAUCUCGGAGAUGCUGUCCGACGUCGACCGCAUCCGCCAGGAGCGCCGCAAGGCCCGCGCCAACAAGAACAAGUACACUGGCGGCGGCAACGGCGAAUUCGUUCCAGGUAGCGGCACCGGCCGCUAUGGUGGAUAUGGCAGCGACAGCUACUACGCCGGCGGCGGAGCCUCUGCGUUUGGUGCGGGCAGCGGAAGCGGAAGUGGCGGCGGCGGAGGCGAUGGCGCCGGCGCCCGCGAGAGCUUCGAAGAGUACGAUGCCGGCGACUACGAGGAGCCUCGCCGCGCGCCGACAAACACCUCGGCGGCCAGACCGAGCUCGAGCACCACGCGCGGUGGGCGCGCGCAGGCCGCACGUCCCGCCGCGGCCAAGAAGGAGGAGCCCAAGGUGGCCGAUCUGUUCAGCUUUGACGACGACGAGCCCUCCGCCGCGCCCGUCGCCACUGCCGCCGCCCCCUCCAAGCCUAGCGCCGCGCCUUCCAAGCCGAUCGACGCGUUCGGAGACGACUUUGACGACUUCCAAGGAGCUCCCACGGCUGCUGCUGCUCCGGCCAAGCCUGCUGCCACCGCCGCCUCUUCUGGCUCGUUUGACUUCCUCGGCUCGGCACCGGCGGCAGCGACGUCCGCAGCGCCCGCCGCCGCCGUUUCUCCACCCGCCUACACGCCUUCCUCUUCGUCGUCCACCAACGUCCUUGCCCCCUCCAAGCCGCCGGCCCAGCCAUCCCGACUCAACUCGACCCAAUCCACCACAUCCACUGCCAGCGCCUCGACUCCGGGAGGCGGCGCGGGCGCGGGCGCUAGCGGAAGUGGUAGCUUCAACUUUGACGACCUCUGGGCCGCCUCGUCGGGCAAGUCGUCGGCGGCCGGGUCUGGCGGCAAGGGCAAGAUGACGAUGGCGGAAAUGGCAAAGAACCAGAGCUCCAACUCGCUCUUUGCUUCGCCGGCCGCUGCUUCCCAGUCGCAGCAGCAAAAGGCGUCGACCGGCGGCAGUGGCGGCGGCAACAAGAACGGCGGUGGCGGCGGAGAUAUCUUUGAUCUCCUCUGA